AGCUUGAUUGGAUAGCCUAAAAAAGUGACGAUUUUUGUAAUGUUUUUAGUGCUUUCGUUGGCGUGAUUAUUGCACUGCGGAUAUAAUUACUAAUCCUAUAUUGUCUUGAGAUUUCGAACAAGUUAAUCGAUUAGAAGCAAAGCAUUAGAUAUCGCCCGUUUAACUUAGCCUUUCAAGUCACAAAAAAUGGCAGACUGUGCUGGUGAUUGGUGUUUGAUCGAAAGCGAUCCGGGUGUCUUUACUGAAUUGAUUAAAGAAUUUGGUGUCGAAGGAGUUCAAGUGGAAGAGUUGUGGAGUUUGGACGAAGAACACUUCAAAAAUUUGGAGCCUGUGCAUGGGUUAAUUUUCCUGUUCAAGUGGGUCAAAGACGAUGAACCAGCAGGAUCGAUUGUGCAGGACAGUCGUCUAGAGAAGAUUUUCUUCGCCAAGCAGGUCAUUAACAAUGCUUGUGCAACGCAAGCUAUUCUCAGUGUUUUGCUGAACAGUAGCCACGCGGAUAUUAAACUUGGUUCGACAUUGUCGGAUUUCAAGGAAUUUUGCAUUUCAUUUGAUGCCUAUAAUAGAGGACUUGCGUUGAGUAAUGCUGCUCAGAUUCGUACGGUGCAUAAUUCGUUCGCUCGUCAAACGUUAUUUGAAUUGGAUAAUAAACAUGCGAACAAGGAUGAGGAUGUUUUCCACUUCGUUGGUUAUGUUCCGGUUGACGGAAGAUUGUAUGAACUGGAUGGUUUGAAAGCCGGUCCGAUUGAUCUAGGUGCCGUUGGAGCUGGCGAAGAUUGGCUCAAUGUUGUUCGACCUAUAAUCGAAAAACGUAUCCAAAAGUACAGUGAAGGAGAAAUUCAUUUUAACUUGAUGGCGAUUGUUUCCGAUCGCCAAUUGAUCUACCAACGUCAAAUCGAUGCACUCGUACAAGCGAGUGGGGAGGAUGAGAUGGAAACGGACACGAAGCAGAAUGAAAUCACUAGACUGCGUAUGUUGAUUGAGGAUGAGGUUGCUAAACGCAAACGCUAUAAGGUGGAAAAUAUUCGACGUAAACACAACUAUUUGCCUCUGAUCGUGGAAUUACUGAAAAUACUGGCUCAGAACGGGCAGCUAAUGCCAUUGUAUGAGAAGGCCAAACAGCGAGCUUCUGAACGAGAGGCCGGCAAAACGGAAUCCCAAAAGUAGGAAACCGAAGAUGAAUACCGCUUAGGGUAAACAGUGGUAUUUCACACUUUUCUAUCGCCAACGGUUGGCGCACUUCAAUUUCGUUUUGGUUUUUGGGUUUUACGUCCAGUGAUGGCUACUUUUUGUAUUCCUAAUGUACAAUAUGUGAAACCAUGAAAUUAUAUCAGGAAAAAUAAAUGGUCCCUUACAACUUAUA